AUGUCAGAGACUGGUGAUUUAUAUUUAGAGCUGCCCGAAGAUGAUCCCUUUUAUCACCAUAAAAAGACGCUCUUGAGUUGCAAAGGUUUAGGCAUAAAGGAAACAUUGAACCUUAGUGGAUCAUUAUCUGAACAGCUGUUGAAUGCUGCAUUGGAAAAGUUGCUUCAGUUUGGAAGAAUAGCCAACCUCGAUAAGGUGGAAGUUUACUUUGGUGAGGUUGCUUGCACUCCAACAGGAAUUUACAGCGUUAGAAACGAAAUCUCAGCUCUGAGCUGGAUCCUUUGGCUCAUACCAGUUUCUUGUAAUAUACAAACACAUGCCGUUAACUUGGAAGCUCUACGAGCCGCUGUAAAAGGUAGAAUCAGUGAGGUUGUUGGAGUGGAAAAGGAGGAAACUAGGAUUGUUGAUAGCUAUGGAUAUGAAAAAGAAAGCAGAUUAGUAGAAUGGGGUCAUAACAAUGGCGUCAAAACCAAAUUGCAGAUAGCUCAAAUUGAGGGCUGUGGACGAGGAGCUAGAGCUAGCGAAGACUUGAUAUUUGGGGAUGUUGCUUUAGAGAUUCCUAUCUCAAGUUUGAGUUUCGGAGUUGAUGCAAUCAUGGAGCUUGAUGGUACAUUGCUUUUAGAUGAAAUAAUGCAAGCUAAAGAGCUUUUGCGUGAGAGGUAUGAUGAAUUGGUUCCUCUUUUAUCGAACCACCAGCAUGUAUUUCCAACGGAGCUCUAUACAUGGGAACACUACUUAUGGGCUUGUGAGUUGUAUUACUCAAAUAGCAUGCAAAUCAAAUUCCCUGAUGGAAAGCUGAAGACUUGUUUGAUUCCUGUCGCUGGUUUUCUCAACCAUUCUGUAUACCCACACAUAGUGAAAUAUGGAAAAGUAGACACUGAGACGAGUUCCUUGAAGUUCCCAGUCUCAAGGCCUUGCAACAAAGGGGAACAAUGUUUUCUUAGCUAUGGAAACUACUCUAGUUCGCAUCUGUUAACAUUUUACGGAUUUUUACCAAAAGGCGAUAACCCGUAUGAUGUCAUUCCCUUAGAUUUUGAUGUCAUUGAUGAUCAAGACAUUGAGACUGAUUUUUCGUCUUGGAAAACUCACAUGUUACGUGGGACUUGGCUAUCGAGCAAUCAUGACAUCUUCCACUACGGCUUACCUACUCCCUUGUUGAACCACUUGCGGAGAGCUCAUGGUCUUGUUCAUCAUUCUGAAACAGAUGUAUCUAAAUCUUGA